GACUUUGAAUUAUCUGCCCCGACGGAAGACUUGUAUAUAACGUGGUGAUUGAAAAGAAGCUGUACUCAUCUGAUACGCUAGAUCUACCCUCACUGAGAGCUUGCAACUCAGGAAUAACGUAAAGAUGAAGGUGUUCCUGGUCCUCGCCAUAGCUGUCUUUACAGGUUGCAAUGCCAACCUCUUCUAUGCUGAUGAGCCCAAACCACAACUGGAGCAGCUGACAGAUGCAUUCUGGGACUAUGUUGCCCAGGCAACUCGCACAGCAGAGGACACAAUUCAGAUGAUCAGAAAGUCUCAGCUGGGCCAGGAUGUUAGUGCUAGACUCACAGAGAGUGCCAACGUGGCCAGCCAGUAUGCCGUCACCCUCCAGAAUCAGAUGACCCCUCUGGCUCAAGAGCUCAUGACCAAGAUCACCCAGGAGGCUGAGGUUCUGAGAGAGCGUCUGGGGCAGGAUUUGACCACCGUCAAGGGGAAACUGGAGCCUUACACAGAGGACAUGAGGGCCCAGGUUCUGCAGAGGGUUGGGGAGCUCAAGGCUGCCGUGGCUCCCUAUGCUGAGUCUCUUGACUCCGAGUCCCUGAAGACCACCCUGCUCCAGAAGAGUGAGGAGCUGAAGGGGAGUCUGGAGCAGAGUGUGAAGGAGCUGCAGUCCCAGCUGGGCCCCUACACCGAGGAGCUCAGGCAGAAGGUGGACCAGCACCUGCAGGACUUCCAGACCAACGUGGCCCUCUUGGCUGCCGACCUCCAGACCCAGCUGGCCCAAAGAGCCCAGAUGGUUCAGCAGAACCUGGCACCCUACGCGGAAGACCUGAAAGGCAAGCUGGACCCCUACGCCCAGGACCUGAAAGCCCAGCUCACCUCCCUGUAUGAGUCCUUCACCAAGACCAGCUAAAUACUCCACAUUAAUGGCACUGAAGACAUUGUGACUCCAACUAUCCAUUUUAUCAGUUGUACCUUCUGUAUUUGUACAUCUUUUGCUGUUCAGAAAGACUACACAAGAUGAGCAAGAACAAAUCUAAGCUGCUAUUAAUUGUAUAUAUACUUGUUUUCCUAUAAAGCUGAAGAUAUGUCACUUUUAAGAUGCUUAAUUUAUUAACAAAAUAAAAUGUUUACAUUCUU